UAAAUUUUUUUUAUGGUUUGUUAAAUAUUUUUCAUAUGUGAAAGUGACAAUUUUCGCUGUGUGUGGUUGAAAAGGCCAGUAUUGAGGAGCUUGGUAGUUUCUUCAAAGUAAAUACAGUGUUGCUUUAGACCAGUCUGCCCAAAACUCUUGGUGAAAUUUGGAAACCUUUUUUACAAAUAAAUAAUUAAAAUAGCAACUGUGUUUUGGAGUUCUAAAUCUAAGUUUGCUGCUUUUCAUAAACAAAUGGCAGUGCUGUAUCCGUUGAGGUUGUGCAGUAGUUGUUGAAUGAAUUAGUUUUCAUUGUUCUUUUAGUUUUUUAGUUUUGUUCACUUAUAUUUGUUCCAUUUUAAUUAGCAACUAUGUAGGUAUCUGCUAUUAUUUAGUGUUGAUGUCCAGGAACUCAUUCAAGAGGAGCUAAAUUACAGCAACACUGUCCUUUUUUGCAAGUGACAAUUAGGAUCAUGUUUUAUUAUUUUGUAUUAUAUAUAUUUAUAUUUGCUAUAACUUAAGGAUAACACUAAAAAAGCAAUUAGUGAUACCAUCCAGUGACUCAGCAAAGCAUAGAUUUGGGGUUCAUUAUUAUCCCAUUGACAUUUACUAGAUGUGAGGUUCUUAAAUGAGUCUAUAAACUGUGGUGGUGCUAUAAGACAUUAAUUUUGUUUAAUUUUCUGUUUCUUUGAUUAGAUAAGCAUCAUUUAAUGUGUUGCCCAAGUGGGAGAAUUUGUUAGUAGCAUUGGAUUCUAUAUUGCAGAAGAACCUUUUUUUAAAAAAAGGGACCUCACAAGACUGAGUCCAUAUGGAAGAAGAACUUCCUCUUUUCUAUGGAGAAGGUGGCAAGCCAGUGCAGGCUACUUUGUCAUCACUGAAGAUGCUAGAUGUGGGAAAGUGGCCAAUCUUUUCCCUUUGUUCUGAGGAAGAAUUGCAGUUAAUUCGUCAGGCUUGUGUCUUUGGCAGUGCUGGCAAUGAAGCUUUAUAUACUACAGUAAAUGAUGAGAUCUUUGUGCUGGGCACAAACUGCAGUGGCUGUCUGGGGCUAGGUGAUGUCCAGAGCACUAUUGAGCCUCGGAGACUGGAUUCCUUAAGUGGCAAAAAGAUAGCCUGCCUCAGCUAUGGGAGUGGGCCACACGUCGUCCUUGCCACAACAGAUGGAGAAGUCUUUACCUGGGGUCAUAAUGCAUAUAGCCAACUGGGCAAUGGGACAACAAAUCAUGGUUUAGUGCCCUGUCACAUCUCUACUAAUUUGUCCAACAAGCAAGUUAUCGAAGUUGCCUGUGGGUCUUACCAUUCUUUGGUCCUAACAUCUGACGGUGAGGUAUUUGCCUGGGGUUAUAAUAACUCUGGGCAAGUAGGAUCUGGAUCCACAGCUAAUCAGCCCAUUCCUCGAAGAGUCACUGGCUGCUUACAGAAUAAAAUGGUUGUGAACAUAGCUUGUGGGCAGAUGUGCUCUAUGGCAGUCGUGGACACUGGGGAGGUCUAUGUAUGGGGUUACAGUGGGAACGGACAGCUGGGCCUGGGCAGCAGUGGCAACCAGCCAACCCCCUGUAGAGUGGCAGCUCUGCAAGGCAUUCGUGUCCAGCGGGUUGCCUGUGGCUAUGCACACACAUUAGUAUUAACAGAAGAAGGUCAAGUGUAUGCUUGGGGAGCAAAUUCUUAUGGCCAGUUGGGCACUGGUAAUAAAAGCAACCAGUCCUAUCCUACUCCUGUCACUGUGGAAAAGGACAGGAUCAUAGAGAUUGCAGCCUGUCACUCUGCCCACACGUCUGCUGCUAAGACGCAGGGCGGGCACGUGUACAUGUGGGGCCAGUGCCGGAGCCAGUCGGUGAUCCUCCCUCACCUCACCCACUUCUCCUGCACCGAUGAUGUGUUUGCGUGCUUUGCCACCCCUGCUGUCACCUGGCGUCUUCUCUCCGUGGAACCUGAUGAUCAUCUCACUGUGGCUGAGUCACUGAAGAGGGAAUUUGACAACCCGGACACUGCAGACCUCAAGUUUCUGGUUGAUGGAAAAUAUAUUUAUGCACACAAAGUCCUUCUCAAAAUUAGGUGUGAGCAUUUUCGUUCUUCACUGGAAGACAACGAGGAUGAUAUUGUAGAAAUGAGUGAAUUUUCAUAUCCUGUAUAUAGAGCUUUUCUGGAAUACUUAUACACAGACAACAUCAGCCUUCCUCCAGAGGAGGCAGUAGGAUUGCUGGAUUUGGCUACAUUUUAUAGAGAAAAUCGUUUGAAAAAACUCUGCCAACAAACUAUCAAGCAAGGAAUCUGUGAGGAGAAUGCCAUUGCUCUGCUCUCAGCUGCUGUGAAAUACGACGCUCAGGAUUUAGAAGAAUUCUGCUUCAGGUUUUGCAUAAACCACCUGACUGUAGUGACACAAACUUCAGGCUUUGCAGAAAUGGAUCAUGAUCUCCUGAAGAACUUCAUCAGCAAAGCCAGCAGAGUUGGAGCCUUUAAAAAUUGAUCCCCACCUGUGGGAAGGUUUUUUUUUUUUUUCCUUUUUGGUGGGACAGGGUUUGAAUUCAGGGCUUUGUGCUUACAAAGCAGGCUCUCUACCACUUGAGCCACACCUUCAGUCUGGGAAAGGAGUUCUUCAACCAUGUAUUUCCCCUGCAGUAAAGCUCCUCAAUGAACAGCCUUUAUGAUAAGCUACAUCUGGCUGACUUCUUGUGUUCUAUCGAAAGGAUGGUAGGUGGUCUUCUCCAUCUGCCUAAAUCUGAAGUUUACAUAGAAAGCACUGAGAAGGAAAAAAAUGAAAAUGUCUUAUUUUCAGCUGCCAGCACAGUGCCUUGGAUAUAGUAGGCACUCAAUUAAUUAUACACCUUAAGGAUGUCCUGAGAACAGCUUUAUGGAUGGAAUACAAGAUGAAGGAAUAAGUUGUACAAAAUAAAUUAUAACAUCUGUAAUUACUGGGGUUCAUGUUCUUUUAGUACCAUAAUUCUGAGAAAUAGUGACUAACUUAGAGCUUAAUUAGAAUUCACAAAAGGCCUUAGCAAUUAAAUUGUCAAAGGCCGAAGGGCUGAUUUUAAUUUUCUGUUUACUCUGAGUCAUUCAUUUCUCAUAUGGGAUUAUCAACUAUGAAGUAUUAUCUUUGAAUGAAUGUUAUUUUUGGGCUCAUCUGCUUUACAUAAUUGCAUAAAGUCUUUUGCUUUUGUGUUAACAGGGAAUUUGCCUCUGUAAGUAAAAAUAAUUGUUUUUCUUAUAGUUAAUUUUUAUGUCACAAUAAAACAGGUCUCUUACCUUGGCACUAGUAUAAUUAUACUAGAUGAAAAGAAUUAAUGUAUUUCACAAUGAGAAAAACAUUUUGGGAUCAAAACAAGUUACCUGAUUGCAAAAGAGAAACUGGAAUGGGUUGUAGUGUCAGAUUAUUCUAGUUUAUAUCUCAUAGUACGAUGUUAUAUAAAUAAAACCUUUUUAGAAUUAGAAAUCUUGUUCUGAUGCCCAACUAUUUGAUAAUAAAGUGCUUAUUUGCAGAUAAAUGUUUUUUCUAAUCACUAAGAAGCAGUCAAAUUAUAAAAUAUCAACCUGUCUCAUAUAUAUAUUUAUUGCUUUAUUGGUGGUAGUGUGGUUGAACUCAGGGUCUUGUACUUGCGAGGCAGGCGCUCUACCGCUUGACCCGUGCACACCAGCUUUUUUUUGCUUUAGAUAUUGUUUGAAUAUGUUUAUGCUCAGACUGGCUUCGACCUCAGUCCUCCUGUUUAUGCUUGCCAUAUAGCUGGGAUGACAGGCAUGAGCCACCAUACCCAGCAUACAUUUGUGUCUUAAAGUAGCUAUUCAGAUAAGGUCUCAUAGGUAAGCCUACACUAAAACACAAAUGGUUUAUAAGCAACCCAAUUACUAUUCAUAUUAUUGCCUUUGAUUGCUCUUUAUUGAUGACAUUACUUUUUUUUAAGGCAUAAUUUUUUUUAGAGUAGUUUUAAGUUCACAACAAAACCUAGAGGCAGGUACAGAGAUUGGCCACUUACCUGAUCCCCACACAUGCACUACUUCCCCACUAUCAACAGCCUUUCCACAGUGCCGCAUUUGUUACAGCAGAUGGACCUACAAUGAUUUAGAAUUACCCCUUGAAGGCCAUGGUUGACAUUAAGGUUCACUCUUGGUGUUAAAUGUUCUAUAGGUUUGGACAAAUGUACAAUGACACGUAUCCUUCAUUACAGUAUUGUAUAGAAUAGUUACUGCCUUAAAAAUAUUCUGUGCUCCACCUGUUUAUCCUUCCCUCUUCCCCACUCUUCCACCC